AUGUUUUGUACAAGCAGCAGAAUAUUACCACUUAAAUACACAUCGGGCUCUAUUUUGAGCAUAAUACCACGCUCGGGACCCCAAGCAGUACGCUCAGUGAGAUUUUCAUCAUCAAAUUCACAUCCAGAUGAGAAAGUCAAGGUUGUGGCAGCUGCAAGAACAUCGGAGACUCGUACAUCAGGUACAAAUUGCAGUAGUGACUCAAAAGCUGCCUCUAAGAAGCAAAAAAAGCGUGAAUCUGUGAAACAUCACAAAAUCAGAAAGCAGGCCAGCCUAGAGUUCUCUCCUGCUACAGACUCGCAAUCAUUAAGCAUGGAUAUGGGCUCCAAAAGCAGGGUUAGUUCAUUUCCACGCGUUCCAAACACUUCCAACAUCGAUAAAGAGGACCUCUGCUUGGAUAUUCUAUUCAGUGGAUACAGACCACUUCGCCUGCCUUUAAUCCGCUCAAAAGCAGGUAUGACAGCUCAGGAUUAUCAAAACCAGGGGGAGUCAGAGUUUCCGCUAAUGCAUCAAACCGGAGCACGUUUUUGGGCCGAUAAUAAAACUGAUAACUUGCCCGGAUCGCUUUUGAAGAAGAGAAAGCAGUCGUCCACGAUCAAAGAUGACAUGGAAAAGUACAGGGAGGUGAGCAAGAAGCAACUGAAGGAGGAAAAAUACUACCAGGACGGAAUCAGGAGAAGAAGAACGCCAAUUUUUACUGUUUUCACGAAUUCUGCCUUAGAUACCCAGCAACAUAACCUUGAGCUCUUCAAUCUGCCCCUGAAAGUGGUGGAGGACCUAAGGCCAUUCGAACCCACAAAUCAGCCAGGCCACGAAUUGUACAGAGACGAUAUAAUCUAUGUUAGAAAGUAUGAAGCUGAGGAAAGAGAAUCACAAAGACGUGAAAAGCUGAGACGGAAAUACGAGAGGGAUCUCAAGUUGGCCAAGAAAGGGAAAAAGCGCAUAGUGAUUGAGGAUCCUGAAAUAUUCUUUGGUUACAAGUGA